UUUCGCCUGCACCAAGGUAGGAGUAACCACAGCGGAGUGGGCUGUAUAUUCGUCUGCGUCAUUGCAAGCUUGGCAUUGUUGGUGUAGGGGAGAAAGCUGCAGAAGAGAUUUUCAGCUUUCUCUUUGGCACAUAAAGAAGAGCAGUCUGCCACCAUUUGAACAAAAGAAAACCACACAGUCUCGCACAAAAUAUAGUUUCCCACAAUGGUGAAAGUAUCUUUUAAUUCCGCGUUGGGACAGAAAGACGUUAAAAAGGAGGACAAGAGUGAAGCACUCAUUCCUGAAGACAAGGACCCGGAGGAUGGUGUGAGGGUCCGACAGCAAUCCAGGGCCUGGUGCUGGUGCAUGUGCCUUGGUCUGGCACUCAUGCUGUCCGGUGUGGUCAUUGGCGGAGCUUACCUGUACCGGUAUUUCGAACUGCAGGAUCAGGAGGGUCAGAGGUUUUGGUGCGGGGUGAAGUACCGUGAGGAGGACUACAUGGUCCGGGAGGAGGAAGUAGAGGUGGAGCUGCCCUCCCAGCUGCGACAGAUCGAGGAGAGCAUCCGUGUGCUGGAAGACGAGGAGGUGGAGCUCAUCAACGUACCUGUGCCUGAAUUCGCCGACAGCGACCCUGCUGACAUUGUCCAUGACUUCCCCAGGAGACUGACAGCUUACCUGGAUCUCAGCCUUAACAAGUGCUAUGUCAUCCCCCUCAACACCUCUAUUGUCAUGCCCCCCAGGGACUUCCUGGAGCUGCUGGUCAACAUUAAGGCUGGGACAUACCUGCCCCAGUCCUACCUGGUUCAUGAACAGAUGAUGGUGACAGAGCGCCUGGACAAUGUGGACCAGCUGGGAUACUUCAUUUACAACCUCUGCCGUGGGAAAGAGACCUACAAAUUGCAGCGUAGAGACACUAUACUUGGUUUCCAAAAGCGAGAAGCCCUGAACUGCCACAAAAUCCGCCACUUUGAGAACAAGUUUGUGGUCGAGACCAUGAUCUGUGAGCCUUAGAGCACUGUGAAACUCGCAGCCCAACCACUUUCAGUUCACUUGUAAGCAGUGAACAUUUUACAUUUCGUUUUCUAUAAGAUUUCUUUCUGUUUUGAAUGUUGUUGAUGUUAAUUGUUUUUUAAUGUACUACAAGUAGUUUGUGUGACGGUUGUAAUGUCUCAUUCAUUUCCUAGCAAUAUAAAGCAGCAGAAAGCUACUAAAAUACUCGUCACUUUCAAGUGGUUUUUCAAUAUGCAUUCAUAGGGACAAUACUCCUCAGGAGAGAGCCCUUCUUAUGUAGCUGUUCUUGGGGAGUUGCCUGUUUUUUGCUUCCUUUUUCCAAGACAUAACUACUAGUUUGGUAAACAUAUAAACCAAGUGAAAUAAAUUAUAUAUUUAGAUUAUUUAAAUGAACAGCAACAGGUGACAGAAAUUGUUGAAGCUCAGUAUGUUAUGGACUGGAAUGUAUAAUCUGUAUUGUAUUUUGAAAAUACACCUGACUGUCACACAUACAAAACAAAUUCUAAUAGAAAACACCUUAUGUUCCAGUUAUAAACCUGGCCCUAAGAGUGGAUGAGUCCACAUUGUUUUAGGCUUUAUAUAUUAAGUAUCUGCUGUACCUGUUAAAAUAGACUGCAGGAAUAUUUUCUUAAAGGUAUUUCUCAUGAGAUUAUUUAUCUUGAAAUAACAAUGUAUACGAAUAAUUUUCUUAAUUUGUGUCAUAUAUAGCACAGAAAAGAAAAAUCUAGUAUUGUUCAACAUCUGA